CUGUGCACUGUCGCUCUUCCUUUGUCUAGAUAAGCGGGCGCAUACCGACUCCAUGCGCCUGACUAAUUGAUCCUAUCGACUGGACGAACAUUGAAUUUGCACAGCGCCAACUCCACCUACCUCUCAAACCGCAACGCAACGCAACGCAAACAGCACAACCCCUCCACCAUCCUCCAACAAACCAAAUCUUUCGCAACAAAAAACCAACAAAAUGACCUCCCGCCGCCUCCUCAUUUUCCAAGAAGCCCGCAACCCCCAAAACCCCUCCGAACUCAUCUACCUCCCCGUCAACAAACUGGGUCUCCCGAUCUGCGGCCCCGGUCCUGAACUCCCUUCGAUCCUCGAACUGCCGCUGCGGAUUCUGCGCGCAUUUACGGAGAUUUUCAAUCAGCCUAAAUUUAAGGGGUGGGCGAUCAUAUCUGCAGGACCAUACCACGAUGUCUCGGAAGAAGGGAAAUACUACGCUGUUGUGCUGGAGCAGGUACGGGAUGCGUUGAAUAGUAGUGGUGGACCGAGGGAUUCGGUGGCUUCGUUGGCGGGUUGAUGUGGUUUACUUUGACUCUUUGCGCUGGGCAUUGUUUACGUCUACUUCUUCUUUGUUGUAUUCUGCAGUUGAUACACUUGUAUACAUAUGAUGACGAUGAUGAUUUGCUUUUGUUUGAUUAAUGGGUAUGCAUGGUUAAUGGUAAUGAUCUAAUGGGAUGCGUUUGUUUUGUUCCUUUGUUCGGUUUGAUAGACUUGAUAUUCACAGCCCUACUUCUAAUUU